AUGACGGUUCGGAGAGGAAAGAAGCUCAGCAUCUCCAUCCAGGAACACAUGGCCAUAGACGUUUGCCCCGGCCCCAUCAGACCCAUCCGCCAGAUCUCCGCCUACUUCCCCCGCCUGUCCCCCACCUCCCCCACCCCCGUCUCCCCCAACCCCGCCGUGUCCCCGCCGCCGUCCCUCAGCCCCGGCUCGGUGGCCUCGGGAAUGGGCGGGUCUCACCUCCUGUCUCCUCUGUUGGCCCAGGGCAGGCCCGGCGGGGGCGGGUCCCUAUCCCUGACCAGCAGCGUGGACACGUCGGUGGAGAUCAACAGCUCCGACAGCGACGACUGCACUGCUCUGGGAACGCUGGAGUUCGAGCUGAGGUACGAGCAGAGCUCCAACAAGCUGCACUGCACCGUGCUGCGGGCCAAGGGUCUGAAGCCGAUGGACUUCAACGGUUUAGCUGACCCGUACGUCAAACUGCACCUGCUGCCCGGAGCCUGUAAGGCCAAUAAGCUGAAAACGAGGACGAUCCGUAACUCCCUGAAUCCAGUGUGGAAUGAAACGCUCACUUAUGUCGGCAUCACAGAGGAAGACAUGCACAGGAAGACGCUCAGGUUGUCCGUGUGUGACGAGGACAAGUUGACUCAUAAUGAGUUAAUCGGGGAGUCCCGAGUCCCUCUGAAGCGCGUGAAACCCGACCAGACGAAACAUUUCCACACCUGCCUGGAGCAUCCACCACCGCUUCCCUCUCCGACUGCCAUGGGUGAAGCCCUGAGAGGAAUUUCCUGCUACUUACGAGAGUGGGAGAACGAGCAGCUGCACAGCCUGGAGGAGCGAGGUCGUCUUCUCCUCUCCCUUCAGUUCCUGCCUCCGGUCAGUCUGGAGGAUAAAGCCGUAGAAGGUGGAGGUGAAGGCCCUCGCAACGGGGGUCUCUGUGUGGGCGUGAAGCGCUGCGCCCACUUGGCAGCCAUGGAUGUUAACGGAUUCUCCGACCCCUACGUGAAAAUAUACCUGAAGCCCGACAUAGAGAAGAAAUCCAAGCACAAAACGGCCGUGAUGAAAAGGACCCUGAACCCUGAAUUUAACGAGGAGUUCUUCUAUGAGAUCUCCCUGUCAGAGCUGGCCAACAAGACUCUGGAGGUCACAGUGUGGGACUAUGACCUGGGCCGCUCCAACGACUUCAUAGGUGGCGUCUGUCUGAGCUCCAAGUCCCAGGGCGACGCCCUCCGUCACUGGACCGACUGCCUGAAGAACAAGGGCCAAAGGGUGGAGCGGUGGCACAUCCUGACCAACGAGCUGCCGCGAACCCUCAGCCACGACUAACCCCGAGCAGCGGCGUCCACGCAUGCAGACGGUCGCUGUCGAUGUUCACAGAGAUUCUCGGGGUUUUUACAGCACAGACGUGAGCGACUUCAGCACAGGAAACAGCGGUAACUUAAUGGACGAGUGUAUUAUAAUAUGAGCCGCCAUGAGAGCAGGGCGAGGCCGGAGCAGCAUGGUGGUGUGCCUUCAUUAUUGAUCUGUAAGUCAUCUGGAGCAAAGAGGCCGUUGGGUCCAUCAGCAGCGUCACAUCUGCACUCAGCAUCAAAAAACAGGGUCAAUCUCCCGACUCAUGAAGGGUGGAACUCUCCGGUGACGCGAUGUGGCAAACAACAUUUACAGAAACUAAGGGGCUGGAAGAGGCAUUACAAUUAAAUUAAAACAAAAACCUCAAACGUUUUGAGAAAAGUUACAAAUUUGCCACAAAAAAUGAACGUUUUGUAAACAAUAAUAUUAUCUUUGACAUGUUUUGGCAGCUUUUCAUGAACCUUGUUUUAAAUUUUACUUAAUUUUUUUGUAAAUCUGCCCAUUUUUCAUAAAAUUUGUGUAUUUGUAUCUUUUUAGUUUGUUUGGUUUUCUUAUAUUUUCACAUCAAAAGACUUUUGUCUUUGGGUUUUUUUUUUUUCAUUCUUAUUCAUACAUUUUCUCUGUUUCCUCUUGAAUUUUCCUUUUUUUUUGGAGAAGUUUAAAUUCUAGUAAAUAUACAAUUUUUCUCAUAUUUUUUUGCUGUUUUUCUUUAGUAAUUUUAUAUUUUCUCUCGUAAAUUUGCCAUUUUUUCCCUCAUAAUCUCGCUCCUCUGCCGAGCCCCUUAGUUGUGAUUUUUGCCCUCUCCUGGCCUAAUUUGCCAUCAUAGGAACUCAUCAAAGUUAAGAGAAAAUGUGUGGAAUUUAAGGCUGAAAUGGAUUUGCAUGUUAUUUUCCUGUGCAUUACGUGUCUGGUGCUCUUUUAAAAAGUAAAAACGAGAAAGUCAAGCAGUCAGAAAAUCUCUGUUCUCUGUUUACACUGAACUGUUGUUCCUUUGCUCGAGCACAGUUCAGUCCUGCAGUACUUACACAGCAUGCUGUGCCAGGUUUACAUGUACGUAUAAUCCAGACUGUGAGAAACAUGCAUGGACGUGUCUUGUGUUGCACUAUAGCUAACAGCUAAAAGAGCUUUUGGGAGAAACUGAGCGCUAACGUUAGCUAGCUAAAAAGCUGAUGGACUUGUAGCAAAGAACAGCUGAGCUGAUCCACUUCCUGUUAAUCCCAUUUGACACAAAAUGUCGGCAGUUCAGCAGGAGGCGCUCUGAAUGAUUUCCCACUGCUCCUGCACAAAACGUCCAAAUUUCAUUCCAGUUUUAACCGACCUAGCAUCCAUAACGUGUCUGAACUGAAAGUCUUAUGUGACAGUCGGCGCUUUGAUAAACGGAAUAUUUCAGCUCGAUGUGCUUCGGCAUCGUGGAGUAACGUGUGGAGAGGAAGCUGAACCCAUUUAAAGAUGAAACACAUCAAAAUAUGGACAACGUGAAGCUUUACGUUUGCUGGUGUAAAGUGGAGUCUUACAGUUGGUGGUGUUUUAACUCAUGGGUUCAGGGAGGUCAAAACCUUCCUGCCCUUUGGAUGAUGCCGUCGUUUUGUUGAGGUUCAGCCGUCACACGGAGGACGUGGGGUUUCUGUUCGCUGUUGUGGAUCAUUUGGUUUAGUUUUGUUGGUAAAAACUGGUUGAAAAUGAUGACGAAUGUAACUUCAGUUCAGUUACGCCUCCAGUGUAACAUUACGUCUGUGGUAAUGAGACCUGUUUAAAUCAGUGGGUAGCUUUUUCAAGUGUUGUUGUUGGGGAAAAAGACUUGACGGGGUGCUUUUCCUUACUGUAGCUGUGGUUUGGGGCCAGAAACACUUUUGAUGGAGUUUGGAUGCAAAGCUUUAUUUUGCGGAGCACCGUGCAAAUAUCAUCCUAACUGCAUUUUAAAAUAAUCUCUGGUAAAAGUUUUUGUUCAUAUGUAUUACUCUGUGGUGACUCAAGCAUGUGCGUCAGCGAGGACUCCAUCCACAGCAGUGACCACCAGUCUUAAAGGGGAUCUAUUGCAGUUUUAUUCUCUCACAUAUAUACAGAUACGUUAAAAAUAAGUUUAUGGUUUUAUUUAACUUUACCUGAAACUAAUGACUGACACAUAAACUCAGCAGGAAGGGAGGCGAGGGUCCUUUUCUGUGGCCAUGACAAAGAAUGCAAGUUCCCCUCCCUGUGCAGACAUGGAGGUAACGCCCUCGAUUACUCUGUCUGCACUCACGAGUGAUUAAUCACGUGGACGCUUACAUGUCACUGGGACUGCUGGAUAGUUGGUCGUUUAUUCAGCUGUGUGAAAAUCCCAGAGGAACCCACCUGGGGGAUUAAUAAAGUUUUAUUUUAUCUAAUCUAAU